AUGGCAUCGUCCUCUUCACAACAGCAGGGCUCCUUCCCGAGUGACCCCGUCACUGCUGCCCAGCAAAAGUCCAUCGAGGACCUCUGCAAAUCCGGACCGACCAUGGAGGGCGCCUCGCUCAUCGUCGUCUCCAACCGCCUUCCCGUCACCAUCAAGGUCGACCCCUCCGUGCCAGGCGGCUACACAUUCAGCCUCUCCUCCGGCGGCCUCGUCUCGGCGCUUUCAGGAUGCAAAAAGACCAUGAACUUCACCUGGAUCGGCUGGCCAGGUCUCUCUGUACCCCCCAAGGAUGAAGAGUACAUCGAGAAGCGCCUUCGCGAAGAGUAUAGCUGCCAGCCCGUUUGGAUCUCGGACGAGAUUGCCGACCGCCACUACAACGGCUUCUCCAACUCGAUCCUGUGGCCGCUCUUCCACUACCACCCGGGCGAGAUGAACUUUGACGAGACCAAUUGGCUGGCCUACCGAGAGGCCAACCUGCGCUUUGCCGAGAAGGUUCGCAGCAUCGUCAGGCAAGGUGACAUGGUGUGGGUGCAAGACUACCAUCUCAUGCUUCUCCCCUUGAUGCUCAGGACGCUUAUCGAGGGGAGCGAGCAGCAGGGGGCUACCUCGCAGCGCGAACUUGAACACGUUCGAAAUGGUGUCGACGGUACACUACAGCUUCAAGAUGACGAUCUGCUUGCCGCUCCUUCGGCCUACGACUCGUUGCGUGGUGGCCGUCCCAGCUCUCCGCCAAGGCGCGGCGAUGACGGCAACGACAGCGACUACGAAGGCCGCGAUGCCGCCUACCGCAACAACAGCAACACCACCGGCCGCGGUCUGGGCACCAGCGACGGCUCCAGCGGUCGAGGUUCGAUCAAGAUCGGCUUCUUCCUUCACACGCCCUUCCCCUCGUCCGAGAUCUACCGCAUCCUCCCUGUGCGUCGCGAGAUUCUCCUCGGCAUCCUCCACUGCGACCUCAUCGGCUUCCACACGUACGACUACGCGCGUCACUUCCUCUCGUCGUGCACGCGCAUCUUGGGCCUUCCCACCAUGCCCAACGGUGCCGAAUUCGAAGGCCGCUACGUCCACGUCGGAACUUACCCGAUCGGUAUCGAGCCCAGCCAGUUCGAAGACGGUCUUGAACGCGAGAGCGUCAAGGAGCGUAUCAAGAGUCUGCAGCGUCGCUUCGAGGGGGUCAAGAUCAUUGUCGGCGUCGAUCGACUCGACUACAUCAAGGGUGUGCCGCAGAAGCUGCAUGCGCUCGAGACGUUCUUGCAGGACCACCCUGAAUGGGUGGGCAAAGUGGUGCUGGUGCAAGUCGCCGUUCCGUCGCGCCAGGAUGUGGAAGAGUAUCAGAACCUGCGGGCGACGGUCAACGAGGCGGUGGGACGCAUCAACGGUCGAUUCGGCACGGUCGAGUCGAUGCCCAUCCACUUCUUGCACCGCUCUGUGAGCUUCGACGAGCUCUGUGCGCUCUACGCCAUCAGCGAUGCAUGCCUGGUCACCUCGACGCGUGAUGGCAUGAACCUCGUUUCUUACGAAUACAUCGCCUGUCAACAGCAGCGUGCAGGUGUCAUGAUCCUUUCCGAGUUCGCCGGCGCAGCACAGUCGCUCAACGGCUCGCUCAUCUGCAACCCUUGGGACGCCUUCGCAGUGUCGGACGCGAUUCACGAGGCGCUCACCAUGCCGGCCAACGUGCGCAGGGAGAACUUUGAGAAGCUGAGCAGGUAUGUCAAGAAGCAUACCGCGAGCUGGUGGGGGUUGAGCUUUGUCAAUGAUCUCAAGCGGAUCAAGGUGGAAGAUGGAGCCGAGAGUCCGGGCGGCAGCGGAGGCUCGAGUCUGCGGACAAGGCCCUGA